CUUUACCAGUCACUUGGCUCUCUCUAGCUAUACCCACCAGUCAUGAAACUCAUUGUUCUCGCCGUUUUGGCCACCGUGGCCGCCGCCGCCCCCCAGUACGCCGCCCCUCAGGCUCCUACCCGCUACGGUGAUGACUCUGACGAGGUGGUGCCCAUCCUGAAGGACGACCGUGUCCAAGAGGAGGACGGCAGGUACAGCCUGGGCGUGGAGACUGGCAACGGCAUCGUAUUGUCGCAGGUUGGCUCUCCCAGUGGUCCCGAUGGCUCUGUGGUCAAGUCUGGACAAUAUUCCUACACUGCUCCUGACGGCACUCCCGUCGUUGUGAAGUUCGUCGCCGACGAGAACGGCUACCAGCCCCAGUCUGACCUGCUGCCAGUGGCUCCUGAGUUCCCCCACCCAAUCCCCCAGUUCGUGCUGGACCAGAUCGCCUUCGCCGCUGAAGAAGACGCUGCCGCCGCCCGCGGCAAGUCCUCUGGUCCCUCCGCCAGCUACGGUGUUCCACAGUAAACUAUCUCGACCAGCAACACCACCCUUUACACCAUGAAAACAUUACGUACCGAAGAAAUACUCGUGAGUUAGCACUGAAUGUGCUCACCCAGAAUUUAGGGGUUCAAAUAUUGUAUACAGUAUUUAUUGUUUUGCUUUUGUAUAUAUAUAAUAAAAUAUAAAUAAA